GGGGCCGCUGCACCUGGCAGCGGCCGGCCAGCGGCCCGCCCACCUCGCGGCCGCGACGGCGAUGGCCCCUGGCGCCGCUCGCGCUGGCCGCCCGCGGCCGCUCGCAGUGGCCGCCGCCGCGCUGCUCGCGGGCGCGGCGUCGGGCGAAGGUUGGAAGCGACAUGAGCGCCGCGACUGCGUCAACGGCAGAGGCGGCUAUAUCGUCUCCAACGACACCAACCCCAUCCCUAGCUCCAUGUCGCUGGAGGACUGCCAGCAGAGGUGCGCGCAGUCAGCCGAGUGCUGGGGCGUGCAGGUGCUCCGCUCGCAGGGCGCGGGCGCGGGGGGCUGCUUCUUCCGCAGGGAGAUCGACCCGGCCGACUGCUACCACUCCGACGUCAUCGCUUGGGACGUGUACGUCAGGCCAGGCGGGCGUGUUGCGUCCAACAGCGUCUACACGAGCACGGCCAACUCGGGAAUGAGAUCGGACAGGAUGGUCGAGAUAUUACUUGCCAGCGUCCUGAUCUGCAUAGUCGUCAUC